AGCACCAAAUACAACCUGUCUUGUUAAAAUUCCAUCAUCUGUCGUUAUCUAUUCAUCAUCAUCUUCAUCUGUUCAAACAACAUAUCAUGUUGAUAUUGCUUUAUGUGCUGGUGUUAAUAUUACAUAUGGUGGCUGGGGUGGUGGAUACUCUUACUUAGGAAACAAUGCUGUUGUUUAUGGCGGUGGUGGAGGUAGUCGCACAGUUUUUCUUAAAGCUGGUUCACGUUACUAUUCCCAAGGUGGUGGAUCGCAUAAUAUCUAUUACGAACAAGGUGCACAAUUUGAUGGUGCUGGAUAUACUCGAUUAUGUAGUGAAAUAAUAUUUCAAUAUCCAUCAACAGGCACUUGCUGA